CCUUUUUUGAGCCUAGCCAGAAAGCACCGAGAAAGUUCAAAUCUCCCCCACUUUCCCCCCUCCUCCUCUUCUUCUUCAGAGCUGGAAAUUCUUGCAUUUGUAGGAAGCUUGGAUCUUUCACAGGAGCUGCGCCGCACUCUGCAAAACUCUACUUAUUAUAAUUGGGUUUUUUCCGCCUCCCCCAAAUAAUUAUUACGCCUGCAUAUUGUUUUGAAAGCAGCAGCAGCUUUUAAGAGUUCCUCCUCGCUCUUUUUCCUAGCCUUCUUUCUGCUCCGAUCUCUGAUUUACUUGGGGAUUUUUUUCGAGGAGGGGGGGUGAUAGUUCCACCCCCCACACUUUUAAUUAUUGACCAAGGGGGGAGGAAAAAAGUCACUCUGAAUGGACUAGAGGGUUCCCGCCCCCCGGACUUUUUUGAUCCUAGUGCCUGGUUUGGAAAUAAUUUAUUUUUCCUCCGUUCCUGAGAAGGAGAUAAAAGUUUUGCUGAAGUUCAGGCUGCAAGGAAUUGUCUUCUUGUCCACCUCCCCGCAAAAAUACCCGUCCGCGUUUCCCUUAAACGUUUGGGAUGAACUGGAAAUAAACCUUUGGAGGAAAUUUGCUUACAGAAUAAUGCUUACUGGAUUUUUGCUUACUGGAUAAUGAGGUGUUUUAAUUUUUGAGUGCCCCCCCCCUUAAAAAAAGAAGAGACAAGAAUAUUAUCCGAGGAAGUUUUGAUGGAACACCUCUCCGACCAGUCCAUUUAAUGGUAAGUAACCAUUUUUGGGUGCCUUCUCUGCUAUGAUUUUGUAUCCCUUCUGGCUCCCUGUGGGUAGCUGAGAUUUAGCUUACUUAUGAAGUGUCUUGUGUGACCCGAACGUUUUGCCAAUUCUGACAUUGGCCAAGUUCAGUGACACGAGAUUUUCGACCAUUAAUGCAGUGUGUGAAACUUGCCGUACAAAUAAAGAAAAAAGAUCGAUAUUAAAGCAACUGUUGUUUUUUAAAUAUAAAAAUGUGGGGUUGUAUCCAGCAUGUCACACUCAGUAGUAAGACCCUAUGGGUAUUGACAAAUGUAGGUCCAUUAGUUUCAAAGGGUAUACUCCUGAGUAGAACUUUGUUGGUGCUGUGCUUCUGAGGUUGAUAUGAAAAGGCAUUUAAAAAAACCAGAACGCACAUCUGAUUUUAAUAAUGUAGGUUCUCUGUUUUCCAACCUAUCGUAACAGCUUUUGAACAUCUGUGGCAUGAUGCUUCUUUACGAACAUGAUUCAUACAUCUCAGAUGGUGUUGUGUGAGUGGCUUAGUUGCCCCGUCAGGCUAGAACAGGGAGAGAUAUGAAAGGAAGUAGGUGGUGGUCAUCAUUUCAGGACCUUUCUACACAUAUAGUAAAAGUGGAACGCGGUCGCCACUUUUCCUCCACCCACCAGUGAUGACCUGUACCGCAUCUUCCUUUGCUUGGUGGCCGAUGUGCCUAUAUCAAAGCAUCCGCAGAUUAUAUUUUCCAGUGGAUUCUGUACUGCUUUUCAGCUGACACCCAACCAUCCCCUAGUUUUUCCUUAGUAGGGAACAGGAGGAUUCAUUCUGCACUGAAAGGUGAAACUAGCAAAUUUGUGCUUUCCGAGAAAAUCUGGCGCAAAGCGAAACGUGUCCGUCCUUCGGAGUUUGCGCUUUGAAUGCAUUUAUUUGAUUUUAUAAACAACACACAGAGUACAGUCACAGGGCGGCAGGAAAAAUAGGUGCAGGAUACAAGAAUUAAACCCCUUGUGGAACGACAGGUGACAAUUUCGUUGCUUUUUGAAAUUUUGCGAUGGGGUUCUCCAGCUGAGUGAUGCAUACGAGAAGAAAACACAGGCCAGGAUAAAGUGUCUAGUAAAAUCCCUCUAUUAGCGAAAAUCACAUACAAUUUUGCAUUGUAUUAGGGAACACUGCUUUGCAAAAAUGCACGCAUUAGACAAAACUAAAUUGCAGACUAAAAUGCUGGUGCAAUUGCUUGAAGACUUCUCCCAUCUGGCCCCCGCCAAAAGGCAAAUUGAUAUGGGAAAAGGUGGCAGGCUGACCUCUGGGAACAGGAUCCUGAACGAGAUGAGCCACUGGUCUGAUCCAGUGGCCUUUCUGAAAACGACAAACUGAAAUGGACCGAUCUACCAGUCCCUGCUCCCUUCAUUAAGUGAGUUUAUAAUUCCUCCAGCCGGCUAAUUCUGGUGAACUUUGUCACACACCUUGUCCUGUGUUGAAUUGUGGCAAACACACAAACCGUCCCUCUGGUUGCCGCAGAGGGAAGCUAUCUCUGGGAAUCCACACAACUCUUUCAAGGCCCGUGACUCAGCCUACUCUUCUGGGGUGAGUAACUCUCACUCCUAGGCGACCAGCUAGAGAGAGAAAGAGGUACAGAGAGGGGGGGGGCUUGGUGAAAGGGAAAAGAAUAGUGUUAUAUCUUUCUUUUUCAUCCUGUCCAUUUCAAGUGUGGAAGGCAGGCGUGCAUGCAGGCUAGUGAUCUCUGUGGACUUAUUUGCAAGGCUACCUUCAUGUCCCCCUUCCCAGCAGCAAAGGCAGAGGUGGCAGCCAUCAGACACCCUUGCAAAGUCCCCCCCCUUCUCCUCCACCCUCCAGGGGGAGCCUGAAAUGAAAGCAAACCUGUCUCUCUCUUUUUCUCCAUUUAUCAAGACCAGAUUUUUACGCUUCUCUCCCCCCCCCAUCCCGACUUUUCCUCCCCUUUUCCCUGCUGUGAUUGAUGGUUUGAAAGAGGAGAAAUAGCUCACAAAUAGAAAUCAGUUACAGAUGAAGCCGGGGUGGGGUGGGGGGGGCAUAGCUUUCGAGUCAUUAAAAUAUUUCCACCUCCCACCUUUUCCUCUCUCCUGCGAAGAAAGGAGCAAAUCCGUGAAGAAUCGCAUUUUGGAAAUUUCUUUUGUGUGUGCCCGUUCUCUGAUCAAGUCUCUCUCCCCCAACUGUUUUUCUUCUUCUCUUUUUUCCUCAAAAGGGGGGGGGGGAAAUAACUGAGCCAAGAAAUCUGAAAUUAAUUCAUUUGGGGUGGGGUGGGGGUUGGGGGCAAAGGGGAGGGAGAGGAGCUUGAACAAAGAGAAAACAAAAGAUUUCCAUUUUCAAAGAAAAGUUAAAAGGUUGCAUAUGUUCCAAUCUGCAUGCUUAGAAGUAUUUGCUGUCUUGCUGCCAUGAGAUCUUUCAAAACCAGUUUAAAAAAACCCAGUGACAUUUGCUUGCACCCCCGUAGAAAAACACAUAUCUGAAGGCAUCGCAAAUUGCUCAGUAAUAGAUUUUCUUAGUGGGUUUGACUGACAAAAGCAAUCUAGGAUGGCUUUGAAGGGCUCAUUCUAUCUCCUGACCUUUCUCGUAAAAUAUAUAGUUUGUAUUCACAUCUUUUCACAUCCUCUGACCUCCGGGGCAAAUUUUUCCUUAAUACAUCCAGAUUCCUUCCAGAGGACUUUGCUGGGGAAGUUCCUGUUUCCCCUUAAAAAUCCCAGCGGGAUGAUGAUGAUGAUGAUUUUAUCUUUCUAAAUCUGUCCUCAGUUGUAUCAACACCCACCCUUUGAAUCAGAGCGAAAAUGUUGUGAAUUAAAAGUUCCCCCAAAUUCCUGAGGGCUAGGGAAGUUUCAAAGUAUUUCUCCAUUUUAAUACAAAUUUUAAUACCCCCCAAAAUUUGGGUCCUAUGAUGGAGUUUCGGUGGGGAAACCCCAUUGAAAAGCGAUGAGGUUGUAGAACGUUGCGGUGGUGGUUUAGACAUCACUCCCGAAUUUUCAAAAACAUUCCCUCGGUUCAGUCAUCCCCCAGAGAUAACCAUUGAGCCUAAUUUGGGCUUUCUAGCUUUUGUGAAAGGUGGUUUAGCAUGCACAAUGGCCGGUUCUUGGGGUUUCCAUAUAUUUAUUGUCGAACAAGAUCCCCCUAGCACAGCCUAACCAUUUUUAAACACACCCGGUCAACACAACCGGCUUUUGAGGAUCUUAAUUUUGUGAGGUCAGAUUCUAUAACUGUGCUAUCUAUCAAAAACUUCGUGAAAACUUAGCAUUACUGGGUUCAGUUCAUACCCCUGGCAAAUUACGAGUAUGAACAGGGUACCGGCAACUCUCCAUCUUUGUAAGAUAAUGGGCUUGUACCGUGAGUGAAGAUGAGAAAGAAAAGCGUUUCUUUGCUAUAAACUCUGUGCAGUGAAGUAAUAUGAGUUCCUUCCUCUUAAGAACAUAGAAAAAACCCCUGCUGGAUCCAGGCCAGGGAUCCAUCUAGUGACUAGAUCACUACCCCCCCCCCCGAUCUAGACCCUCAACUUUCCCCCCAUAGUGGCUUGUCAGAUGCCUCCAGUAUUUGACAUUUGGAGAUAGACUGCCUCCAGGUGUUGAGGCUCAAUUAAAUGGUCAUGUAUAAUCCUUGCUGGUAGGCCUCUCUCUCCUCCAUGAAGGCGCCUAGUCCCACUUUAGAGCCAGCUAAGUCUGUAAGCCACCUACGCAUCUUGUGGCAGUGAGUUCCAUCAGCUGAUUUGGUGUCGCGCAAACAAGGAUUUUCUCGCAUCUGCCCUUAACCUCGCCGAUUUGGCUUGGGCGGUAGCUUUGAGUUCUUGUAUUAUGAGAGAGGGCAAAAGCUCUCUUUAUUCACGAUAGCAGAAAAUCUCCCUAAUAUCUAUCCUUUCCUUUAGUCACCUUCCUGCUAAAAAAAAUUUAAAGGCAAAAGUCAAAUGCUUUCCUCUUUUUUCCUCGCAGGGAAGAUUGUGCCCCCCCCCCCACAUGAUUUGUCCCUUUCUGCAUCUUAGAAAUGAUUUUCAGUUUAUUUUUAGGGCAGAGAUGGGGGACCUGUAUAUAGUGGUACCUUGGAUUAAGAACUUAAUUCGUUCUGGAGGUCCGUUCUUAACCUGAAACUGUUCUUAACCUGAAGCACCACUUUAGCUAAUGGGGCCUCCUGCUGCCACUGCGCCGCCAGAGCACAAUUUCUGUUCUCAUCCUGAAGCAAAGUUCUUAACCUGAGGUACUAUUUCUGGGUUAGCGGAGUCUGUAACCUGAAGCGUAUGUAACCUGAAGUGCCUGUAACCCGAGGUACCACUGUAUAUCCAUAUAACUGCAUUUCGGAUCCAAUUGUUCUCAAGAGCAACAUCUCACUGGAACAGCUCCUUCUUUUAAUUACUGAUGUUUUUCUUGCUGCUCUGCAUCGCUUCCCAAAACCCCGUUCAUCAUAUUCCUGGACUUCUGGGGGACAACCUGUCUGGUUCAGCCCAAAUUGUAUCCUCUUCUCUAGCACACACACAGACACACACUCACAUUUGCUGGGUGGAGAAGAGACAGCCUCGGAAUUUGGGGUGUCCUUGGGCAAGGCAUCUUCAUUGAGGGACCCUUUUAUCCAGAAGGGGCCAGGACACGCAGUCUUCUCUGACCAUCUUGGGGGAGGGGGGCUAAAUUGUUGGGGCAUUGGGCUUCAGCAUUAUAUGACCCCAAGAAAUCUCUCCUUUGAUGCUGAUCCCAAGAGAGUGGGACCGGUGGGUGGCCAGCGGGUCCAUUGGCCCUAGAUUUGCACACGUGGAUUUGAUUUGAUUGAUUGUAUCUUUACGCCGCUUUUCAUUCAAAUGAAUCUCAAAGCGGCUUACAACCAAUAAACAACCGUAGCAUAAUAAAACAUACCAGCACUUCGCGAAUACAGCAUACAUUCUAUAAAAUAAUCCACAAAUUAUCAAUAAAGCAGUUGCAAUCUGAGCAAAACAGCAACUAAAAAAUAAACUAGACCUCACAAUGACGGCAAGUCAUGGGGUUAACAAUUCAGUGCAGCAUUUAGAAUCUAUAAAACAAUAUGAAAAGCAUUAACAAAAUAGCAAUUAAAAUAUAAGCUAAGCGCUAAGUUCAUUCACACCAUCUCUGCACCCCCAUGACUCAGGGGCUGAGUGGGGGAUUUUUCAGCUUGAGAGCCACAUCCGCUCUUGGCUGAAUUUCUGGGGGCCACAUCCAGAAGGUGGGUGGGACUAGAGGGAAAGGUGGGUGGAGCUAUGGGUAUGACUGUUCCCUUUGUUUACUGGGCUAUAUUUCAACCACACUUAAGAGCACAAGGGUCCUAUAUAUAUCCACAUGCACAUACGGGUCUCUCAUAAUAAUAAUAAUAAUAAUAAAUUUCUUAAACCCCAUCCAUCUGACUGGGUUGCCCCAGCUGCUCUGGGUGACAAAAAUACAGCAAAAACAUCAUCAUCAUCAUCUCAGACAUGAGAAGCUUCCCAAAAUAGGGCUGUCUUCAGAUGUCUUUUAAAAGUCAGAUUGUUGUUUAUUUCCUUGACAUCCGAUGGGAGGGCGUUCCACAGGGAGGUGCCACUACUGAGAAGGCCCUCUGCCUGGUUCCCUGUAGCUUCACUUCUCCCUGUGAGGGAACCGCCGGAAGGCCCUCGGAGCUGGACCUCAGAUGGGGGUGGAGAUGGACCGAGGCCAUUUCGGGCUUUUAAGCACCAACACUUUGAAUUGUGCUCGGAAACGUACUGGGAGACAAUGUAGGACUAGUGUUAAAUGGUUCCAGUCGCCAGUCUAGCUGCCACAUCCUGGAUUAGUUGUGGUUUCUGUACAUUGGCUCCCAGUAAGUUUCUGAGCACAAUUUAAAGUGUUGGUGCUGACCUUUAAAGCCCUAAACGGCCUCGGUCCUGUAUACCUGAAGGAGCGUCUCCACCCCCAUCGUCCAGCCUGGAUACUGAGGUCCAGCGCUGAGGGCCUUCUGGCGGUUCCCUCGCUGCAAGAAGCCAAGUUACAAGGAACCAGGCAGAAGGCCUUCUCGGUAGUGGCACCCGCCCUGUGGAACGCCCUCCCACCAGAUGUCAAAGAGAACAACAACUACCAAACUUUUAGAAGACAUCUGAACGCAGCCCUGUUUAGGGAAGCUUUUAAUGUUUGAUGUAUUACUGUAUUUUAAUAUUUGGUUGGAAGUCGCCCAGAGUGGCUGGGGAAGCCCAGCCAGAUGGGCGGGGUAUAAAUAAAUCAUCAUCAUCAUCAUCAUCACCUUCAAAGAUAGUAGAGCACAUGGCAGUUGUCCAAGCGGGAGAUAACCAGGGCAUGGACCACUCUGGCGAGACAGUGGUAGGGCAAGAGGCAUUGCCACAGUUUAAGGACACACCCCAGCCAGGGAAAAGGCAGGUGGGGGGAGUGGGGAACGGGGUUGAUAAGGGGUACGGCCCCAGGAGGGGCACGGCUUGGGGGAAGGCCGGACUGAGAGGGCCAAAGGUCCACGUUGGCCUCUCAUCCUGCGAUCCCUGCAGUAACCGCAGGAUGGCAUUGGGGCAUUGUGUGGACAAGCCUAUAAGCUUUCGCUGGUGCCUGAUGGGUUGAUUUUGAGAGAGCAGAGGACCAUGAACCCAGCCACACCUCCAGGUAUCACAGUCCAAGCAAGCAAUCUCUGAGGGCUUUAUCCCCAGGCAUGGCUGGAGAACCAGUGCGGUCCUUCAGGUACUAAGUCAGCAUGGCCAACAGUGAGGGGAGAUGAUGGGAGUUGUAGUCCGGGAAUAUGUGGGGAGCUGCAAGUUUGCAUUGCAAGAGGAAAGAGCUGCUAAAGUGGUAUCUCAGGUUAAGAGCAGUUUCAGAAACGGACCUCCAGAAUGAAUUAAGUUCUUAACCCGAGGUACCACUGUAAAGCUUAACUUGCUUCAGCAAAACUCUUUCCCAAGUUGGUAUGCUUGAAGGAUUACGAGGUAGGUUGAUUUUUAUUUUUUUAAUGUGACAGAAUAGCUGAAUAUAGGAUUGCUUCAUGGCAGAGGGUUGGACUAGAUGACCCUUGCAGUCCCUUCUACAAUUUGAUGGUUCUAUGCUUGUGUGUGUUUGCGUUUGCACGUACAACCUUUCAUUGCCAGAACUGAUUACAGGGGUUGCUGUUUACGCAAAUGGCACACACUAAUCCCUUCCACAGCGGUGAUGAAGUCUAUCCUAAACCUCUACAGCCCAUAAAACUGUUUUUUCCUGAGCCAAUUUGAGGUGAUGGGAAAGUCUGCAAGGUUUGGAGUUUCACAGGUCUCUUUAUUAAGUGGCACUGGGAAAAAACAACAACAGGAAAACCUCAAGCAAGAGAAGACGCAAGACUGGUUGUGGGUUAUUUGCAAAUUUCACUAACCCAUCCAGAAUUUGCAAGCGAUUAGCCAUCAUUAUAAUGCCGCAGAGACCCCUGAUUUUCAAAAAGUCUCUUGUGGUGUUGUGUGCUUUUCUCAAUAGUGACUUAUUUUUCAUCUCCACCCACAUCUUUUAAAAAGUGUUUCAUAGCUUUGCUCCAUAAGAGUGGAAAUGGAAUAAUUCUGAUAAGGAGCACAUUUGUUGGGUGUUUGCAUCGAAUGCUAAUCCUACAUAGAACAGACCCAUUGAUGAUGAACGGCUCUGGCUAACUGAGGUCUAUGAACUUCAAUGUGUCUACUCUGAGUAAAACUUAGUAAACCUCCACAGAGUAUUUUGCAUAGUAUUUACUUCUAACUUCAAUACAUUGUAUUUUAUUUUAUUGCUAUGGCUAGUGGCUGAUUCAAAUAAAAAUUCUUCCCAUUCUGAUUCUUAGUUGGAGGCAACUUUCAAUUGUCUCUUGGCAAUUGCCUAUGUAAAUUUAGGUUCUAUCCAUCUUCAUCAAUGCAGUUAAAACAAAAAUAAAAGCAGAGGGCAUGGAUGGCCACCUAUUUUUUGACAUUUUUAUUUUUAAAAAAGGUUUGUUUUCGUGCUGGGUUCAUGCUGUGCAGGGCGACAUUAACUGGGACUGAUGUCAAGAAUUUCUGUCCCGCAAGGACCCGGUUGAGGCAUGGCAUGGAGAUUUAUUUGCUGACUUGUGAUGUUCGGCAAAAUCAAGUAUAUGUAGACAUAUUAAAAGAAGUCUAAUGUGACUUUUUUUUAAUUGGGGCGGGGGGAAUUAAUGCUCGGCUUCUGUGGGGCUCAUACCCUGUGUUAAUUAAUCUGGAUUAAUCUCUUGUUUUGAGAUUCUGUUCCUGCAAUUUAUAAGGUCUGUUAGAAACCCAGCUUUGCCCCUUUUGUCACUCUUGUAGUGUGAGUCUUAGCAAGGUGUGGGAAAGGCUGUUUAGUCCAAAAGGCAAGUGAUCUGGUAUAAUACACACACUGCUGGAAAAAUGCAACCUGGGCUGUUGAUAGAAGUAGUGUGACUCAAGCAACAUGCUGGCGAUUAAUAUACACAGAAUAGUAAAUUAUACAUUCUUUAUCAACCUUCUGAGAAAAAUACAAAACAUUAAACAAAGCCACAGAGACUUGAGAACUACCCAGCCUAAGAUGAACUUAUAAUGUCUGGUUUCAAUAGAUUUUUCAAAUGCUUAAAGGUAAAGGUAAAGGUAAAGGGACCCCUGACCAUUAGGUCCAGUCGUGACUGACUCUGGGGUUGCGGCACACAUCUCGCUUUAUUGGCCGAGGGAGCUGGCGUACAGUUUCCGGGUCAUGUGGCCAGCAUGACUAAGCCGCUUCUGGCGAACCAGAGCAGCGCACGGAAACGCCGUUUACCUUCCCGCCAGAGCGGUACCUAUUUAUCUACUUGCACUUUGACGUGCUUUCAAACUGCUAGGUUGGCAGGAGCAGGGACCAAGCAACGGGAGCUCACCCCGUCGCGGGGAUUUGAACUGCCGACCUUCUGAUCGGCAAGUCCUAGGCUCUGUGGUUUAACCCACAGCGCCACCCGCGUCCCCAAUAUGCACUCUAGCUGCCUCUUAUUUACCAGCGUUAAGCUAUCAGGUGCAGUCACUUACUAAAUGCAUUUGCUUGUCACCUCCUCAAUAUUAAAUGCCAUUGCAUGUUGCCCCUUUGAAUACUGCCAGAUGCCGCUGCAUGUCACCUGUCAAAGACUGCAGUGCGUUAAACACCAUUGUGUUUUACCUGCCAAAUCCUUUCAGGUCGUCGUGCAAAUCCAUGGCACUUACCAGCUGCAGCCCCAGUAUUUGAUCAAUAUUUGAUGGCGCCGCCUUUAAAAGGUUGUUCGUGGGAAGUGCUGGAGAGAUGCUUAGAUUCUGGCUUUCUCCUGAAGCAUCUCUAGAAGCAAAACGUCUCGCUGAGAUUUUGCCUUUUGCACAGACACUUUUAAGACCAUCUAGUUCUUGGGAGAAAACCAAUGACAAACCUAGACAUCAUCUUAAAAAGCAGAGACAUCACCUUGCCAACAAAGGUCCGUAUAGUUAAAGCUAUGGUUUUCCCAGUAGUGAUGUAUGGAAGUGAGAGCUAGACCACAAAGAAGGCUGAUCGCCGAAGAAUUGAUUCUUUUGAAUUAUGGUGCUGGAGGAGACUCUUGAGAGUCCCAUGGACUGCAAGAAGAUCAAACCUAUCCAUUCUGAAGGAAAUCAGCCCUGAGUGCUCACUGGAAGGACAGAUCAUGAAGAUGAGGCUCCAAUACUUUGGCCACCUCAUGAGAAGAGAAGACUCCCUGGAAAAGACCCUGAUGUUGGGAAAGAUGGAGGGCACAAGGAGAAGGGGACGACAGAGGACGAGAUGGCUGGACAGUGUUCUCGAAGCUACCAGCAUGAGGCAAUGGAAGACAGGAGUGCCUGGCGUGCUCUGGUCCAUGGGGUCACGAAGAGUCGAUCACGACUAAACGACUAAACAACAACAGUUCCGUCCAGCACAUGUUUAACCUGAAGCACAAAAGAAGGCACUGUUGCGCAUAAAAUCUGCUCGUGCUGAUUUGUAAAUAUCAAUGUAGGUUUAGAAAGAAGAUCUGUCCUUUAAAUGGAAAUGUAAUACAUCUCACCGCGACAGGGAGUAUUUAUGACCGGUAUGCUGGUGGCUAACUGUUGAUGAGCAACAUCAAGGCAUCUGUCAAGUUUUCAUUAUUUAGGACAUAGAAUCAGAGAAUUGUAGGGUAGGAAGGGACCCAAAGGGCCCUCAAAUGGAGGACUGCCCCCCAACAGCCAUUAUGGGUGUCAAAUUGAAGGGAGAGGGACCUUGUCCUUUGCCCCAGGCAGCAAAACAUCCUGAGGCAAAGGACAAUGCAUUUAUAGUCCUGUUGUACCACUUUUAACAGUCGUGGAGAGUCCUGGGAACAACAACAACAACAACAACAACAAUCAUAAUCAUAAUCAUAAUCAUAAUCAUAAUCAUAAUAAUUUAUUUGUACCCUGCCCAUCUGGCUGGGUUUCCCCAGCCACUCUGGGCAGCUUCCAACAAAGAUUAAAAAUACAUCAAAAUGCCACACAUUAAAAACUUCCCUGAUGUCUUCUAAAAGUCAGGUAGUUGUUUAUUUCCUUGACAUCUGGUGGAGGGCGUUCCACAGGGCCGGUGCCACUACCGAAAAGGCCCUCUGCCUGGUUCCCUGUAGCUUUGCUUCUCACAGUGAGGGAACCACCAGAAGGCCCUCGGCGCUGGACCUCAACGUCCGGGCAGAACGAUGGAGGUGGAGAUGCUGCUUCAGGUAUACUGGAUCGAGGCCAUUUAGGGCUUUCAAGGUCAGCACCAACACUUUUAACUGUGCUUGGAAACGUACUGGGAGCCAAUGUAGGUCUUUCAAGACCGUGUUAUGUGGUCUCGGCGGCCGCCCCCAGUCACCAGUCUGGCUGCCACAUUCUGGAUUAGUUGCAGUUUCCGGGUCACCUUCAAAGGGAGCCUCACGUAGAGCGCAUUGCAGUAGUCCAAGAGGGAGAUAACUAGUGCCUGCACAACUCCGGCGAGUAGUUUGGGUGCUGGGGUUUGUACCUUGGUGAGAUCAGCACUGUUAAGAAAUUGCCAUUCGCAGGAUUCUCCAUGACAGUUAAAGUGGCAUAAUGGUGUUUUAAAUGUACAACUCCAUACUCCCUGCAGGAUUAAACGCCCUCAGAAUGAGGAUAUUUUAGCAGCUCUGGAAUAGCAGCACAGGAAACCUUCACACCAAAUCUGAGCCUAAGUACAGUGGUAUCUCGGGUUAAGAAAUUAAUUCGUUCCUAACCUGAAACUGUUCUUAACCUGAGGAACCACUUUAGCUAAUGGGGCCUCCCGCUGCCACCGCCCGAUUUCUGUUCUCAUCCUGAAGCAAAGUUCUUAACCCAAGGUACUAUUUCUGGGUUAGCGGAGUCUGUAACCUGAAGCGUCUAUAACCCGAAGCGUCUGUAACCCGAGGUACCACUGUAUUAUUGUCUAUAGUUGCCCUGGCUUCCCGGGGUUUCUUUCCCAGCCCUCCCUAGCGAUGCUGAGGAUUUGAACCCGGGACCUUCUGCAUGCAAAGCAGGUGUUCUGUCGCUGAGCCAGGGGCCCUUUGCAGCUCGCUAUUCUGGACUGGCCUCCACUUGGGGUUAGGAAAGAAGGCCUUCUGGAGAAGCUCAAGGGCAUGAGCAGAGUCUUCAACAGGAUCAGGCCAGGGGCCCAUCUAGCCCAGAAUCCUGUUCUCAUGGUGGCCAACCAGAUGUCUCUGAGAAGCUCUCAAGCAGGAACUGAAUACAAAAGCCCUCCACCCUCCCAGGGCUUCCAGAAACUGUCACUUAGAAGCAUCACUGCUCUGUCCAUCGAGACAGAGCAGAGCCAGUAGCCACUGAUAUAGGCCUUUCCUCCAUGAAUUCACCUCAUCCUCUUUUAAAGCCAUCCAAGUUGGUGGCCAUCACCGUUUCCUGUUGCAGCGAGUUCCACAGUCCAACUACCCGCCGCCUGAAGAAGUCCUGUAUUUUAUCUGUCCCGAGACAAACUUUUGGUGCAUCCCGGACAGCGUUCGAAACUCCCAUUGUUCUGGGCGCAUUUUGCGACCGGGAAUUUCAUUAGCGCGAGCAGUUUCUGAGCUCUGGGAGAGGUGCUGCGCCUAAGAUUUCAGAUUAAUUGAUUGUGAUUUUAUGUAAACUGUGUUAUUUUUACUGUUGUUAGCCGCUCUGAGCCCGGCUUCGGCUGAGGAGGGCGGGAUAUAAAUAAAAUAUUAUUAUUAUUAUUAUUAUUAUUAUUAUUAUUAUUAUUAUUAUUUAUUACAGAGUGGAAGGAAAGGAGGGCCUUUUCCUGCCCCACCCCUCUUCCAGCUACUCUCUGAAGACUGGAGAAGAGAUCCUCUUAAGAAUAUUAGGGGGGUGGGCAGGGGAAGUAUAGCUUCCCCCCCCCAGUCUUCAGAUGAGGACUAGACAAUGUGAAAAAUGAAUAUAAGAUUUCAGCUGCAGUUCAUUGUCAGCUUUGUAUUCUUGAUAUUAAAAAAAAGCUUGCCUAGACAGUCCGUUGUUGCUCCUAUAACCUAGGUUUAAGGUGCAAUUUAGCUCCUAGCUUUUCUAUCUCAGUUUCUAACAUUGAUCCUGAAUCUAGGGACAGUCCCAGAUUUGAUCGGAUCCUGGAAUGUCCCGCUUUCACCCCUAUUUUCAUCAGAGAAAUGUUGGAGGAUGUGGAGUUAUGCAACCCCCAAGUCAAGGAGAUAAGUAACUAGACAACCUUUAGAAGACGUCUGAAGGCAGCCCUGUAUAGGGAAUUUAAAAAAAAAUAUUUAAUGUUUUAUUAUGUUUUAUAUAUACAGUGGUAAGGUAAAGGUAAAGGGACCCCUGACCAUUAGGUCCAGUCGUGGCCGACUCUGGGGUUGCGGUGCUCAUCUCGUUUUACUGGCCGACAGCUUCCGGGUCAUGUGGCCAGCAUGACUAAACCGCUUCUGGCGAACCAGAGCAGGGCAUGGAAACGUUGUUUCCUUUCCCGCCGGAGCGGUACCUAUUUAUCUACUUGCAUUUUGAUGUGCUUUCAAACUGCUAGGUUGGCAGGAGCAGGGACCGAGCAACGGGAGCUCACCCCAUUGCGGGGAUUCGAACCGCUGACCUUCUGAUCGGCAAGCCCUAGCUCUGUGGUUUAACCCACAGCGCCACCCACGUCCCAUAUACAGUGGUACCUCUGGUUAAGUACUUAAUUCGUUCCGGAGGUCCGUACUUAACCUGAAACUGUUCUUAACCUGAAGCACCACUUUAGCUAAUCAGGCCUCCUGCAGCCACUGCACUGCCAGAGCACAAUUUCUGUUCUCAUCUUGAAGCAAAGUUCUUAACCUGAGGUACUAUUUCUGGGUUAGCGGAGUCUGUAACCUGAAGCGUAUGUAACCUGAAGCGUAUGUAACCCGAGGUACCACUGUAUGUUGGAAGCCGCCCAGAGUGGCUGGGGCAACCCAAUCAGAUGGGCACAAUAUAAAUACAACAACAAUAGAAUAGGAUGUUGCUAUUUUCAUCAGAAAAAGGUUGGUGGGUAUGCGCUUAGUGCAACAUCCCAACGCCAUUUCCAAUGCCUGUAUGGCGACAUUUCCAUCAGAUCAUCCUGGGUGUAGGAGUUGUUGCUUUCGAUGUUGUCCUCUUUCCCCUGAAAGCUCCAGGCCUGCUUACAUCAUCUGUCCGUGCGGGUCUGAGCUCGCAUGACGGAAGGGAGAUCUGGGAAAGAUUGGGAGGGUGGUGAUUGAGGGCUGCUCAUGGCUUUGCGCCUUGGCUGCCGUACAAGGGCGGUUGGGCAAGAGUCCGUGUCGAUACAUGUCUGUUUGGGUACCCAGUUGCAUCUUGCCUAUGUACCCGAGACCGGCUUUCUGCCCGUGCCAACGCGGAGUACGAAAUCCUCUUGGGGCAAGUCUGUGCAGGGAACCCCAGCUUGACAUCUCGACACAAAGACUUGCAAGUGGCUGGUUUGUUUUUUUUAAAGGGCACGAGCUUGUGAAGCCAAGAAAAAAAUAAUGAACGAGUCCUUUUAAAAACACGUCUUGUUAGCUGAGCAAACGUUGAAAAUGGUGUGAGAUGUUAACAUGCAAAAUCAAGAAGAGCCAGAGAGUUUACCAAGUCUACUAUAUCUUGUACAGUGGUACCUCGGGUUAAGUACUUAAUUCAUUCCGGAGGUCCAUUCUUAACCUGAAACUGUUCUUAACCUGAAGCACCACUUUAGCUAAUGGGGCCUCCUGCUGCCGCCGGAGCACAAUUUCUGUUCUCAUCCUGAAGCAAAGUUCUUAACCUGAAGCACUAUUUCUGGGUUAGCAGAGUCUGUAACCUGAAGCGUAUGUAACCCGAGGUACCACUGUAAUAUUAUAAGACCACAAGAAGAACUUGCUGGAUCGGUUUGUCUAAUCCUCUUUUAAGGCCAUCUCGGUUGGUGGACGUUUCCCACUUCCUGUGGAAGUGAGUUCCACAGGUGUUUUUAAAAAAUCUAUCCCAAAUCCUCCAACAUCCAGGUUCACAGAGUAUACACAAAUUCUGAUGUUAUGAGAGAGGGAGAAAAAACCCUUUCUCUAUCCGUUUUCUCCAUGCUGUCCAUAAUUUUAUAAAUUUCUAUCAUUUCGCCUCUUACCUUUUCUCUGAACCAAAACACUCCAGCUGCCCCAACCUUUCCUCAUAAGGGAGUCGCUCCACACCCACCCACCCUUGUUAAAAUUUUGGGUUUCCCUUUCUUCAGAACCUUUUCCAACUCUACAAUAUCCAUUUUGUACACGAUAUUCAUAGAAUCUCAGAAUUGGAGAGUUGGAAGGGCACUCCAAGACUCAUCUAGUCUGACCCCAUGCAAUGCAGGAAUCACGGCAAAUGGGGAUGUACCACAGAUUUUGUAUAACGGCAUUGCAAUAUUGGCCGUUUCAUUUUCAAUUUCUUUCCCAGUGGUUAUGGAUUUCAUAGUACUCCUGAGAACCAAUGGCACGCAUUCUUUAUGUUAGAAAGUGACAGUUCCUUCCCAACGCUCCGGUCAGAUCAAAAUGCUUUUGAUCACAUAGUAGUAAUGGAGGCAGUGAAGGCAAGUGAAGGUCUAAGUUUAGGGAUGAUUUUACAGCGUGCAAAUCAUGUGUUGAGGAUGGCGUCUUCUUAAUUGCUGCAACAGAGCUUGUCCAAAACUUUCUCUUUCCUUCUGUUGACCAUAACAUACCAGAACCAAAGGAGCUCACUAAUUAAUCAGCUAAAGCUCUGGUUAAUUGAUCUGCUGCUUUAAAGCUUGCCAACGAUGUUUUGAGGACACUGUCUUUUUAACACUGGAUUGUUUUAUUUGAUGUUUUAAUGCAGGCAUAGGCAAACUCGGCCCUCCAGAUGUUUUGGGACUACAAGUCCCAUCACCCCUGACCACUGGUCCUGUUAGCUAGGGAUGAUGGGAGUUGUAGUCCCAAAACAGCUGGAGGGCCGAGUUUGCCUAUGCCUGUUUUAAUGUGUUCUAAGCAGCUUUGAAUUUUCCCCCUUAAAAAUAUAAAGUGGUGUGGAUAAUAAUAAUAAUAAUAAUAUACCACCUCAUUCCUGGGAGAAAGGAUGGAAUACAAAUAAAAAUGGACUACAAUAGUACCUUGGUUUACAACCAUAACCCGUUCCGGAGGGACGUUUGUAAACCAAAACAGGUUGUAACCCAAGGCACGCUUUCGCCAAUGAGGCCUCCAAAAAAAAUUUGUUCGUAAUCCCCCCAAAAUGGUUUCGGGAUACGCACUUCCGGGUUUAACAUGUUUGUAAUCCAAAACGUAUGCAAAGCAAGGUACCACUGUAUUUGGCAGCAUGAAGAGACGUAUUACCACUGUCUCAAACCACCUGAAAAAUUAUCAGCCCCACGUAAUUUAUUUUAAAUUCAUUUUAUUUUUUGAGAUGGUGAUAUUGCUUCCCUUCAUGCUGGCGAAGAGCCAAUUUCUUCACAUUCUGCUGGUACCAAAGGCAGAAGAGCAUCCCAGGAAGAUUUUUCUGUGGUCAGUUGGCAACCAGGGAUGCUAACGUGAAUAAAAUAUUGAGGGGGGCGGGCAGGUAAACCCCACCCUGCAUAUAGGUCACAUGAUGUUCCUAAGGGAUCUAAAGGGAUGGAAGUGAAGAACAGAGGUAAAGGAGAAUUAAAUAACAGAAGAAGUGUGGUUUAGGUGGUGGAAGUCUUUUAAGAUAUUUUAAUUAAGAUUUGUAUUUUAUAAUGUGUGUAAGUGUAAUUCUGGAAUUACUGUUUAUGGAAAACAGCAUUUUCUUUUUUCCUUUUUUCGUUUCUUCUUACUCUUUAUCUUCUUUCACAGUUUAUGUCUACCAAAUAUGUAAAUAAUUGUGUUUUUGCAGAUAAUGUCUGGAAGUUUGAUUGUAUUAUUCAAUAAAGUUAUAUUUUAAUUUUUUUAAAAAAGGUCACAAGAUGCAUCACAUGCACACUAUUUGAAUGGCAAUGCUCAUUAAUUUUUAGUGGGGGGCGGCCCCCUCAAAUAUUUUAUGGGGGGUGGGGUGGAGGGACCUCGACCCCUAAGAGUUGGCUCCUAUGCUGGCCACCCUCUUCCCCCAAAUACAUUUUACGCCAGAACUUCCUAGUUUGUCUUGCCCUGGAGCUCCACCUACUGGCCACACUCUGAAAUAUCAGCUUUCUGUUAGAAACAUGGAAAACUGCCCCAUGUACACACUAACUGGCGGUGUUUCUCCAGGGUUUGGGGCAGGGGAUCUCUGGAGAUGCCAGAGACUGCACCUGGGACCUUCUGUAUGCAAAUCAGAUGCUCUGCCCCUGAGCUACAGCCCUGUCCCGGCAGAACAGAUGCUUCUGAACACCAGUUGCCAGCAGGGGAGAAUUGCUUCUGUGUUCGAAUCCUGCCCUCGGGUUUCCCAGAAGAGGCAUCUGGUCGGGCCCUAUGGGAACAGGAUGCUAGACUAGAUCAGCAGGACUCUUCUUCUAUUCUUAUGCCCCUAAUCCACUCGCCAGCAAGCAAUUCCCACUCGCCCAUGGCGACUUCCGAUCAAGUCCUUCAUUGUUGUUGUUUAGUCGUUUAGUUGUGUCCGACUCUUCGUGACCCCAUGGACCAGAGCACGCCAGGCACUCCUGUCUUCCACUGCCUCCUGCAGUUUGGUCAAACUCACGCUGGUAGCUUCGAGAACACUGUCCAGCCACCUCGUCCCUCUGUCGUCCCCUUCUCCUUGUGCCCUCCAUCUUCCCCAACAUCAGGGUCUUUUCCAGGGAGUCUUCUCUUCUCAUGAGGUGGCCAAAGUACUGGAGCCUCAGCUUCAGGAUCUGUCCUUCCAGUGAGCACUCAGGGCUGAUUUCCUUCAGAAUGGAUAGGUUUGAUCUUCUUGCAGUCCAUGGGACUCUCAAGAGUCUCUUCCAGCACCAUAAUUCAAAAGCAUCAAUUCUUUGGCAAUCAGCCUUCUUUAUGGUCCAGCUCUCACUUCCAUACAUCACUACUGGGAAAACCAUAGCUUUAACUAGACGGACCUUUGUUGGCAAGAUGAUGUCUCUACUUUUUAAGACGCUGUCUAGGUUUGUCAUUGCUUUUCUCCCAAGAAGCAGGCGUCUUUUAAUUUCGUGGCUGCUGUCACCAUCCGCAGUCAUCAUGGAGCCCAAGAAAGUAGUGGUAAUUCUGUAUUGAUUUGUUUUGGAUGUUGUAGGUGAUGCCAAUAAAGGUUUUACGCUACGAUACGAAUAUAUAAUGCAGAUUUUUCUGGUGUUCUGACGCUUCUUAUCCUUCUCGAACCCCUUUCCCCCAGUUCUAGGAUUUUGUUGGAAAAGGCCAAGAUGCUGAAGCUCCUGGUGACCACCCUCGUCCCGGCCUUGAUCCUGGCGGCGCCUCCUCCCAUUAGCAAGCUGGCCCUCUUUCCGGACAAGAGCGCCUGGUGCGAGGCGAAGAACAUCACCCAGAUCGUUGGGCACAGCGGGUGCGAGUCCAAAUCCAUCCAGAACAGGUAUAGUACUGGGCCAAUGGAUCCAACAUCUCCAGAUCUCCCAUAGCCAUCUUCCCCAAGCUGUGUCGCACUCCCAACUUCCACUGUAGCCUUAUUGGACUUUACCAAUUGGUAGGGUGAGCGUUGCUCCCGGAUGGGAGGAAGGAAGUCAAAUGACACUGAGGGUUGGUUCAGAGAAAGAGUUCUUUAUUUCUGCUCUCCGGAGCAGCAGAAAGGCACUUGCGUGGUCAGUCCACAGCAAGUCCAAAGAAAUGAGAGAUUUCAUGCAGUAUAUAUAUCCUCCAGGCACCCUCUCCCCCCUUCCCCAGGAAUCCAACCACGUCAGUCUGUACACGCAGGUAGACAUCACUGAUGUUCCUGCUCCGGUACUCUUAACCAUAAAAGGGUUUUCCUUCCUGUACUUCUGACCAUAAAAGUGUAUUCCUGUUCCUAUACUCUUAUCUUGGAGCAAGAGGUCACCAACUCCAAGAACACACUCUGGCACUGUUCCCGAACUAGGUCUGUGAAUCAAAGUGUGUUCAGAAUGUAAGAUAAGACCUAGAUGUGCCAUCCCUACUCCACUGGAACAGCCAAGGUCAUCCUUUGCCGUCCUUUGACUGAUAAAGGAGAGAGCUUUGUUUAUUCAGCUGUGUUCUUGUUAUGCAUUUGCUCAACAGCUUGUUAAUGCAUUUUAGAAAUCCUCUCUUGGAGAAAGAAGAAAAAGGGGAGUUUUGAGUCAGUUUCAAACUGACUGCACAGAAACCCAUUUCUUCACCACCAGCUCUGGCCAGCACGACUCCAGAAAUUAACUUCUGCCUCUUCCUGCUAACGUAUCACAAGUAAAAGCAUCGUGGCUGUAAACCGAUUUGUGAUUUUCUGCCGUGACGAAAAGUGGCACACAUGGCACUGUUAAUAGUUCCACAUUUGUAAGAACUCAAUUUUUUAACGUGGCAGCACCCAGCCUUUGGAACUCCCUGCCUAUUGAUAUCAGACAGGCACCUGUAAUAAUUUUAUUUUCUUUCAUUUACUAUACUGCUUUCAGUGGCUGCUAAAAAAUUGUUGUUGUUGUUGUUUAGGCAAGCCUACACAGAUAUGUAGAAUACCCACAUGUAUUCUAAUGUUUUUUAGGUUAUUUAAUUUUUAAAAAUGUUUUAAGUUGCUGUUUUUAACUGGUUUCACCGAUAAUUUUGUUUUAUUCUUUUUGCAAAUCGCUUUGAGGUGGGUGUUGUUGUUGUUACAAUCAAGCACUAUAUAAAUUUUAUGACAUCAAACAAACGCUCGAAAUAAAAGAAUAAUAAGUAAAAAAUGUUGAGAACCCAAGAUAGCAGGGAUGUAAAACAGGGAUGUGGAAUCUAUGGCCCUUGAGCUGUUGUCAAAACCAUCAGUCAAAACCAGCAGGCCUAAUGGUGAGGGUAGAUGGGAGUUGGAGACCAGAAACAACUGAAGUCAGAGAUGUGAUGGAGGUAGCUAGGGACAGUGAAGGCAAGUGAUGGUCUAGUUUGGGGAAGGGGAACCUGGUGUUCUCCAGUUGUUGUAGGUCUCCAUUUUGCUCUCUAUCACCACCUGUUGGCCAUGCUUGGGCCCGGCAUGACCAAUGGUCCCCUUCCCUGUAUUAAAGGUAGCUAGGGACAGUGAAGGCAUGUGAUGGUCUAGUUUGGGGAAGGGGAACCUGGCGUUCUCCAGAUGUUGUAGGAUUCCAUUUUGCUCUCUAGCACCACCUGUUGGCCAUGCUUGGGCCCAGCAUGGCCAAUGGUCCCCUUCCCUGUAUUAAAGGUAGCUAGGGGCAGUGAAGGCAAGUGAUGGCCUAAUUCUAGCUAUUUUCAGACUUCAGUCCGCAAUGGACGCAGCCAGCUUAUUGCCAGUGGCCAGUGUUGUAGUUGAGAAACCUUUCGAGAGCUGCAGGUUCCCCCAUCCUUGCAUUAAAAGAUGUCAGAGCUGGGAUGGAGGUAGCUAGGGGCAGUGAAGGCAAGGGAUGGUCUCUCUUUUUUAAUAUACAUUUUUAUUAAUUUUCUAACAUAUCCGUUCCAACAGUCAUACAACAUAACUUCUCAUCUUAUACAAUAUUUUUAGACUUCCGUCAACACCUCUGAUGAUUUUCCGUUGUUGAUGAUCACUUAUUAUCCAUUUCUUAAUUUCAUAUUACCUUUAAUUAUCCUUGACUAAUAAUUCUCCUCAUUAUCUUUCUUGCAAUAUUUCACCUUACAAAACUUCUUGCAAACCUACUAGCGUAAUCUGUUCAUCACAAUUUCUUUUCAAAUAGUCCGUAUAUUUACUCCAGUCUUCUGAGAAUCUCUGGUCCCGCAGGUUUCGAAUCCUUCCUGUUAAUUUAUCUAGUUCUGCAUAGUCCAUCAGUUUCAUCCUCCAUUCUUCUUUCGUCGGUAGUUCUUCUUGCUUCCAUUUUUGUGCCAAUAAUAUUCUUGCUGCCGUCACUGCAUAUAGAAACAACUUACAGUCCUUUCUAUUUAUAUCAUCUCCUACAAUACCCAGUAAAAAUGCUUCUGCUUUCUUAAUUAAGAGGCAAGGGAUGGUCUCAGUUCACUCGGAAAGUUUGGUGCUCCUGAACACCGCCCUCCCCAAUUCUGAACCCAACCCUCAUCUCGCAGGCUUUUAGCAUCUUCCUAAUCUUCACCUAUGGCGUUUCCAUGUGCUGCUCUGGUUCACCAGAAGCGGCUUAGUGCUGCUGGCCACAUGACCCAGAAGCUGUCUGCGGACAAACGCUGGCUCCCUCGGCCUAUAGAGCGAGAUGAGCGGGCAACCCCAGAGUCGGUCACGACUGGACCUAAUAGUCAGGGGUCCCUUUACCUUUACCUUAAUCUUCACGUGGGAUGUGGGUGGCGCUGUGGGUUAAACCACAGAGCCCAGGACUUGCCGAUCAGAAGGUCGGCGGUUCGAAUCCCCGUGACGGGGUCUGCUCCCGUUGCUUGGUCCCAGCUCCUGCCAACCUAGCAGUUCGAAAGCGCAUCAAAGUGCAAGUAGAUAAAUAGGUACCGCUCCAGUGGGAAGGUAAACGGCGUUUCAGUGCGCUGCUCUGGUUCAUCAGAAGCGGCUUAGUCAUGCUGGCCACAUGACCCGGAAGCUGUACGCCAGCUCCCUCGGCCAGUAAAGCGAGAUGAGCGCUGCAACCCCAGAGUCAGUCACGACUGGACCUAAUGGUCAGGGGUCCCUUUACCUUUUUAAUCUUCACCUCUCGUCCGCAGAGCCUGCUUGGGGCAGUGUUUCAGCUACAGCGUUCCCAACACCUUCCCACAGUCCACUGAAUCCCUGGUGCACUGCGACUCCUGCAUGCCAGCCCUCUCCAUGUGGGAAGUGGUAAGUAAUGCCGCUCAGGAUGGAAAAUUGCGUGUCGAGACCCCGCAGCCACCCCCUCGUUGGAAAUAACUCACACAAGGACACAGAUAUUAGGUUUAUGUUAUUGGGCAAAUUUUGGCCACAACUUUAUUGAAAUUACAGAAUGUGAGCAGUAUUGGCUUAGGCAUUGAUUGGACCUGACUAUAUCUGACUCCUGCCCAUUGUGCAGGAAGUCCAGUAAGGUUAAGCCCUUACCAACUCAAGCUCCCCCUGGUGUUCCCGCUGGGGUCGUGUCAAGGCCUUAGCCCCCCAGCUGGGCUUCAGACUAGAUCUACACCCCCGGAUUCCUUUAACGGAAUACCCUUAAGCAUGGAGGGGCAGGUGAUGGCCACACCUCCCCUCCCCCACACAAGGUCAAACAAUGCCUAACCGCAACCCUAACAUAGUUGUGACGAUUGCUAUGAGGUAGGCGAAAACCAAGUGGCCACUGCCAAUUUGCCAAGUGGAAAAAUUCCUACCAGGCCCCUCGGACAACCAAGGCGACCAACCGAAGUCCAUAGCAAGGUCAUUGCCUAACCUGCAAAAUAGGGAGGGAGGGUGAUUGAGGAAGUGAGCCAAAGAGGAAGUCCUCUGGCUCACUCCUCCGUUUAAACAGCUCUGGCCACACACACCCCGGCCAGCGUAUUGGCUGGCCGGGCUCUGACGUGGCUGGGAUCCCCCAGGCAAUGGAAGACAAAGUCCCCCACCCCCAGUGGGGAGUGGGUGGCCACGCGGUCUACCACAACUCCUCCCCACUGGGAAGUGGAGCGGAUUUGUGCGGCGAUCGUCCAAGAAGGGCUGUUCGCUGAAUACCCAUUAGCAUCCCCUCUUCAAUAAAUAUAUAGAUGGAAUAUUUGUGUGGAGGGGGGAUUCACUGUGGGGCAGCAAGUAGGGGGCUAGAGUGGGAAUCACAAGUGGGAAGAACGUUGCUGUUGCAUCUGGUUGGCCAAUGUCAGUACAGGAUGAGGGCUAAGUAGGCCACUGAUCUGGUAGCCAGACUUAAGUUUCUUAUUGGACCUCGCCCUUAGGUCCAUACAAGACGUUGCGAUGGGUACUACCUGCAAUGGCUUUAGAAAGAGGAUUAGAUAAAUUCACUAACUGUGAUCACUAUGCUCUGCUUGUAUGGUUGGAGGCAGCAAUUAUUCUGAAUACCAGUUGCUACAAAAGAGCAGGAAGGCGAGCGUGCUCUUAUGGUCAGAUCCUGUUUGCAGGUUUCCCAUAAGCGGCAUCUUGUUGGUCCCUGUUAGAUCAGGAAGCUGGACUAGAUGAAACUUUGACCUGACCCAACAGCAGAGCUCAUGAUGUUCUUAGAUGAUGAUAAUAUAUUAUUAUCAUUUAUACCCCACCCAUCUGGCUGGGUUUCCCCAGCCACUCUGGGCGGCUUCCAACAAAAUAUUAAAAAUUCAAUAAAACAUCAAACAUUAAAGCUUUCCUAAACAGGGCUGCCUUCAGAUGUCUUCUAAAAGUCAGAUAGUUGUUUAUUUCCUUGACAUCUGAUGGGAGGGCGUUCCACAGGGAGGCACCACCACCGAGAAGGCCCUCUGCCUGGUUCCCUGUAACCUCACUUCUCGCAGGGAGGGAACCACCAGAAGGCCCUUAGGGCUGGACCUCAAUGCCCGGGCAGAACGAUGGGAUUGGAGACGCUCCUUCAGGUAUUCUGGGCCGAGGCUGUUUAGGGCUUUAAAGGUCAACACCAACACUUUGAAUUGUGCUUGGAAACGUCUUGGGAGCCAAUGUAGGGCUUUCAGGACCAGUGUUAUAUGUUAGAUGAUUGUGGUGGCUCUCUGAAAAAAGAGGGUGAGCCAAAUUUCGGGAGGAGGCAGCCACUGAUGGCCGCUAGCCCUGAGAGCUACGUAUGGCAAGAGGCAGCAGUGCUUCUGAAUACCAGGAGAGGAGACGGGUCUUGAGUUCAGGUCCUGCUUGAGGGGUUCCUACAGGUUGACUGCUGUGAUAACAGAAAGCUGGACUGGAUGGGCCUGAUCCAUCAGCCAAGCUCUUCCUGCGUGUUCUGAUGUCUUCUCCUUCCCCCAGGUGACACUGGACUGCCCCAGCAAUGAAGACAUCCCCAGGGUGGACAAACUGGUGGAGAAGAUCCUCCAUUGCAGCUGCCAGGCAUGUGGAAAGGAGCAGAGCCAAGAGGGGGCGCUCCUCAACGUCUACGUCAACGGUGACGAGAACCUGCCGGCUGAGGGUCCUCACCCCCACCCCUACGGCCACCACCACCCAGGGGAAGAGGCCUCCAACCACCACCACCAUGAAGACGAGGCCAAGGACUGACCUCCGAACUUCGGGGGGGGGGUGUGAACUGCCCCUUCAGCCCAGGCCUUGACGACUUACCCCCCCGCCUCUCAAAUACCCAUCAUGCUUUGCUCUUGGCAACGUGGUCGUGGGGAAGCAGAGGCCAAGCUGAAGGCGGACCUUUCACCGGGGGCGGCCAAUGGGACAAGCUGGCAACCGGCGAGAGAAUUGGGGGAGGGGGUGGUUGGGGGGAGGGCGUCACUGACGAAAUUGCACACUGCUCUAAUAUAUUGGGGGGGGGAGGGAAGAGGGAGGGGCAAAAUGAGAGAGGGGUCUCCUCUUGAAGGUCUGGCGGACACUCCAAACAAAGACAUCCAAGGCGGCUUCUCGGUUUCUGGCUUUCCAUCAGGACAUUUCUCUGUGAAGACUACAUAUAGAAUUGUAGACUUGGAUGGGACCCCCUUGCAAUGUAGGAACCACAGACGCCGUGGGUCCGGUUCUGCCACUGGGGAAUCAAGGAUCAAUCUCGGAGGAGCCGGACUGGACCCCCCCCCCCCCAAAAACCCGUUUUGACAAAAGAGACUCUCCCCUUUGGUGCUUUUUUAGCAGCAGAAGCGAGACAUUUCUUGCACGUUUGAGUUCUGCCCUCACUUGCCUUCACUGCCCCUGGCUACCUCCAUCACAACUCUGCCUUCUUUCAAUGCGGGGCUGGCGACCUCCUGGUCUCGCUGGACUCCAACUCCCAUCAUUCUUGAACAGUGUCCAUGCUGGCUGUGACUGCUGGGAGCUGGAGUCUGGACGGCACCACUUUGCUUACCCCUGUUUGACUUCCUAGCAGCACUUUAAUGAACGGAAGAUAGAAGGGAGCAAAGGAAAUUUUAUUGGAAAGCGCUGGGCGAGGGGGAAGAAACAGGUGGGUCGGUUCUAGACCAUUUUUAGCGAGUCAGAUCUAGCUCAAUAUUGUCAACGCUGACCGGCAGCAGCUCAGUAGGGUUUCAGCCGUACCUGAGAUGACAGGGAUUGAACCAGGGACUUUCUGAAUGCAAAGCAGACACUCUUGUCACUGGGCCCUGGUUUUCCUAAAUAUUCUAGUUCUCAUGGUUAUGGAUAAAGGGCUGGAUCAAUGAGGAGGUGCACAGAAGGUAGUCUUAUUCCAAGACAGACCACUGGUCCAUCCAACCUAGGAUUGCCAACACUGACCGGCAGCGGCUCUCCAGGAAUUCAGGCAGAGGACAUUCCCACACUUACUUGGAGGCGUUGGGGCUUGAACCUGGGAUCUUCUCCCUACAACAGCAGAUACUCUACCACCGAGCUACAGCCCUUUCCACGGGAAUUUAACAUAAUCUGAAUCUGACGUGAGUCAGAUUAUUGGAUGAAGAGGCUGCCAUCUUGCCCAACCUUUCCUUGAAUUUUUAAAUGUCUUAAUCACUGAGUGUUUAGAGUGAGAUUCGAACUCUUGCCUUUGUAUACACCCAGCCUCUCUCCUUGUUCUGCUGACUACAACACUCUUCAUGGCUUCUCUCUCUCUCUCUCUCUCUCUCUCUCUCUCUCUCUCACACACACACACACACGUCAUAUAUAUUUCCAGCUUUAUCGUUGUGUUAUUCAUCCCUCUUAAUUAAAUAAAUUAGAUCCAACAUCCAC